ACCGCUAUACCACACCAUACCACGUGGGGGCGGUAUAGUGCCUAACAGCUAAUGGCCAAUCGUCUUCAAACACACGAAGAAGAGAGGAAGCGGAGGGAGAGGGUGGAAACAGCUACCCCACACUUGACUUCAUUGAAUGAGAUUCAACAUCAAUUAGCGUUUGUUUUGGGUCAGUGUUCUGCACACAGAAUACGCUCACAUUCUGUUAGAAGAACGCGGAUAGAGAUUUUUACACCCCUACAGAUCAAGGACUGUGUUUGUUUGUAGGUGACGAGCUGGCGCAGGUUGUGGGUUUUUCUUGGAUAAUGCGAGACAGUGGUGGUAGCCUAGCCCAGAACCGCUGGCAGAGAGACCUGGGUCUGACCGCUGUGGGGCAGAACGACACAGGAGGAGGUGGGAUUCCAGCGGACCGCCUCAUAGUCCCAGUGUCAGAUCACAGUGUAUCCACCCCCAUGCACCUGAGACUGGAACAUAAAGAAAAGGUGUGGACGGGUGAAUAUGUAGUGGAUGAGGAAGAUGGCAUAGGUGGGACUGAAGCUGUAGGUGACGAUGAAGUUAAUAACUUUGAUGGGGAAGACAUGGGUAAGUUUGACAGCAAGAGUUUGGAAAACAACGAGGAUGAAGAUGUUGAAGAGGAUGGAGACCAGGAGGUGGAGGAGUGGGGAAUCUCAGAUUUUUCUUCCCAGUCUUCCGAGCACCUUCAUUCACAGCAGCACGAUCAUCAGAGACCAGAACAGAAGGCUGAAGAGAUCGGCGAGGCCCCCGUAGCUCACGCACUAAGCCAGGCUGAAGCGGGAGACUUGUUUAGGUCCCGCCUAAGCAAGUACAGGGCUCUGAGAAGACUCGGGCGCUUGCAGCGUUUGCGAUGCCGUGGAGGUCUUGGAUUUCGGCUCUCUCAGCACUGGAAGAGCUGGCGCCAGCAGGCCCGGUGGAUGUGCUCCGUAAGACACAGGUGGAGCCACAAAGGGCAAAGGAACACUCAAAGAGAACAGAGGAGACUGAAACGGUAUGAGGGCCCCCCGUACGGGCACGAGGAGUAUGACGGCAGUGAUGACGGGCACACAGAGUCUGACAGAGAUCAGCAAAUAAACGGCUCCUCCUCAGGAAAGCAGGAGGACCGAGUGACCCUGGAGGCAGAGGUCAGGCCGGCAGAGCUGGCUCUUACUGAAGAACACACAAGUUGUGUGAAUGGUAUUCUGGAAGAGUCGCUACGGCAGUAUGGCAGUUUGAUCCCCAUCCACGUGGAUGAUGUUGUGGAGAAACUUCAGGACAUCUUCAAUGAAAACUUCUCACACCCACACAGAAAAGCAGUGGUCCAACAUCUAAUACACUCCUUCCACCGCUCAUCAGGAUCUGUUGUAGCUAAAACCUUCAGAGUCAACUACAAGCGGCAUGUUCUGACCAUGGACGACCUGGGCACUCUGUACGGACAGAACUGGCUCAAUGACCAGGUGAUGAACAUGUACGGUGAGCUGGUCAUGGACUCUGUGCCAAAGAAGGUCCAUUUUUUCAACAGCUUCUUUUACGAUAAGCUAAGGACAAAAGGCUACGAAGGAGUCAAACGGUGGACAAAAAAUGUCGACAUCUUUCAGAAGGAUCUGUUGUUGAUCCCCAUCCAUCUUGAGGUCCACUGGUCGCUGGUCAGUGUUGACAUUCCUCGUCGAGCCAUCACCUACUUUGACUCUCAGAGGACUUUGAACAGGCGUUGCCCAAAGCACAUUUACAAAUACCUGCAAGCUGAAGCCAUCAAAAAAGACCAGCAAGACUUCCUGACAGGAUGGACCGGCUUUUUCAAAAUGAAUGUGGGCCGCCAGAACAAUGACAGUGACUGUGGGGCUUUUGUGUUACAGUACUGCAAGUGUCUGGCACUCGGGCAGCAGUUCAACUUUGGGCAGCAAGACAUGCCCCGCCUCAGAAGACAGAUGUACAAAGAACUGUGUCACUGCAAGCUUAUGGUGUGACCCUUCAUUUCCAUCGUUUGUGGCCAGCUACACCUGCUCCGUCCCUGAAGUCUAACAGGAUGGAGGGACAGUGUUAAAACAAGAGGAAAAUGGGAGCAAGUGACUGGGGGAAAAUAAACAUUACAAACCUAACUUUUUCUCUUCCACCAUGCAGAGAAAUUCUUCUAGAUGCGAACAUUGUUUGACUUUAUUUUUUCAGGUUCUGCUUCCCUCGGUUUGUUUGAAAAACACUGAUUUAAAUAUCUGUCAUAGUUCUUUGUGGUUGUGAGAGGCCAAGACUAGCUGUCUUAUUUUGGGGAUGUGCUAGUUAUCCGUGUAAAGAUAGUCCACUAGUUUUCUGGUUGGAGAGGGAGCACUGAGGUACGGAAAAGCCUGCGUCCAGGAGGUCUGAAGGGAAGUCCCACAGUGGAGUGUGUUUAGAGGGCUGCAGUGACUUUUCCAUCCAGCCAGUCAUUACUUGACAUCUUUGCAAAUGAAACGUACCCCAUGCAAUGGCCACCGUUGUGGACGAGCUGUUCAGCACAAAAUGUUUGCCAGUGUAUUACAGUGUGAAACUUCCAUGUACAAUAUUUUUAACCGUUUCCUGCGGUCUGCUCAGCUGGAGUUUAGUGGGAAUCCAUGGUUAUGUUGGCAGGUAAAACUUUUUUCUGGUGAAUCUCAGGGAAAGUUGGAUUUCUGCAGCAUCCAUGAGUCCCGCCUCAUGCUGGCCCACACAGUAGAAACUUUCCCCCUCGAUCGCUUUCAAGUCAUAAACCUUGAAAGCGAUUGAACUGAAAUGGCUCAAAGAAGUAUAUUUACAAUGCAUUUAAUUUUUAAUGUGUUUCAAUCUGUCAGUAAUUGUGGUAACAUGUUUGAGUUUCAUAAAAGAUCAAGAAAAAAGACGAUUUGUUUUUUUUUUCUUGUUAUUUUUUUUGUUUUUGUUUAGAUUUUCUGGUUAGUAUAAAAGCCAUUUUGUUGAGGACCACAAAUACACACCAGGCAUCUGUCCACAGUGGAGAUACAGUGCUCUCUUAUUCUUUUUAUAACAAAAGAAAACUUGUGAAUAGUUGUUUUUGGCUUUGCUUUUUUUUUUUCCAAGAAGGAGCUGAUGCAAGAGAGCUGUUUUAUAUAUCUUCUACAAUACGUUAUGACUGCUAAAAAUAAAAAUAUGUGGCAAACGUG